GUCGUCGCCGUCGUCGUUCUGGUUCUAUGCUCGAAUGCACUCGGGGAAAAUUAUUCCCAUGCAUUGCGAAUAAAAAUGACUAUUUCUCGGCUUGUAUUGUUUGUAAUUUUGCAAUAAUUCCAAGAGCGUAAAUUGUGUUAUUUUUUUUCCUUGUAAUAAUUUCACCGGGGAAAAUUAAAAGGAAAUAUUUUAUAAAAUUUUUUAAUUUGAAUGUUUAUAAUUUAAAAAGAUUAAUAAUAAGAGUGGUGUUCUAAUCCUUUUUUCUUGUUUGUUUAGAAGUAAAAUAUACAAACGUUCCUCGUCUCUCUUUGUAUAAAGAAUGAAAGUGAAAACGACCGUGAAAUCGAUCUAAAAAUACCGCGUCGCGAGUGGAAAGAGUGUUAUUUAUUUUUGUGAGGGUGAUUGCGGCACAUUGAACUCUUUUUUUUUAGGUUAUAUAUUUAAUAUAUUUAUCUAUUUUUGAGAGUUUUUUUUCUUCCUUUUAACAUCAGUUGAAUGUGCUCUUUUAUAUUUGCGGGAGAAAUUCUGCUUUUAAUCUAUUCGGGAGAAAAAACACGGAGCGUCUUUAAAGAAAUAUAAUUUAUUUCUCGCUUUGGAAGAAGAUGAAUUUUAUUAUUUUUUGAAAAAUUAAGGGGCGAAGGAAGUACAAUUCGUUGAAUGAAAUAAUAUGAGAGUUUAAUUAAAAUAGUAAACCAAAAAAAAACUUUAAAAAUGUCUUCAGCCGAAAUUAAUGAACUUUUGUCAGGACCAUUAGUCACUUGGUUCAUCAGCUGUCUCGAUGAUUCAAAUUCAUUGUCAAAUUAUGAGGAUUUAGUUGACGGAGUUUUACUUCACAGCGUCUUUCUACAAAUAGAUCCGGAACCUUUGCACGAUGGAGUUAUUCCAUCGCUUGGAAAUGUGUCGAAGAGAAUUAAAAAUUUGGAAGUAAUUGUCGGCAAUAUGAAGCAAUUUUAUGAGGAAGAACUAGGACAUCUUCUCCUUAGAUUGCCUGAUACAAUGAAUUUGGGAAAGGAGCCAGAAUCAUAUAUUGGCGAUAUGAAAUUAUUUCUUCUUUUAUUGCUUGGCUGCGCGGUUCAAUGUCCUAAUAAAGAAAAAUUUAUUACUAAAAUAAAAGCACUUGAUGUCGACACGCAACUCGCAAUUGUUGAAUGUAUCAAGCAGGUAACGGACCAUCAGGAAAUUGUUAUCACUCAGGAUUCGAUGGAUAAUGUAAAUAUGGGAAAUGUUUUUUUGGAAAUUAAGAAAUUAAUUCAGGAGAGAAAUCUCUACCGUGAGAAAUGGAGAAAUAUGUCAAUAAACGAAAUUGGCGAACAGAAUGAUUCAACGAUAAGCGCAGAGGGUGAAGAUUUAAAUAAAUCGCAACAAUCGAAUUCAACGUCGAAAUCGGAAAAAGAGGAAAAUCAUCAUUAUGCAGUUGAAUUGGCAGAUUGGAAGUCUAAAGUUCGAAAACAACGACAAGAAUUGGAGGAAAAAACGGAAGCUUUACUUGAAUGUAAGGAAGAAUUGGAGCACAAUAAAAUACUUCUUUCAAAAUUAAAACAAGAGAAUCAGGAACUAGUUCUUGAAGCAAGAACAGCAAAAUCUUAUCGAGAUGAGCUCGAUGCUGUGAUUGAGAGAGCGGAAAGGGCAGAUCGUUUAGAAAUGGAAGUGUCUCGAUAUCGUGAAAAAUUAACAGACAUAGAAUUUUAUAAAACUCGAAUAGAGGAACUUCGCGAUGAUAAUAGAAUUUUAAUGGAAACGCGAGAAAUGUUUGAGGAGCAAUUAAAUUCGUCAAGAAAACGAGCUGAUAAAGUUUUGGAGCUUGAAGCUGAGAUUAUAAAACACAAACAACUCAUCAACGACAUGGCUUUGGAACGCGCUGCUGAUAAGGAAAAAUAUCAAGAACUUUACGAGGAGAACACUCAUUUGAAACGAUUAACGAAAGCUGCAAACGAUUCAACAAUGAUUGAGUAUGUCAGUGAUUCCGAAGAGCCAGUAAUAAACGAUAAUCCACUAUCGGAACAAUUGACAAGUAAUGCUCAAACGCGUGCCUUAAAAUUGGAAUUGGAAAAUCGACGUCUACUAACAUUGAUUGAAUCAUUAAAAGAAAAUUCAUUUCACGAAAGUUCAUCGCGUGUUUUGGAAUUGGAGAAAGAAAAAAAGAAGCUUUCAUUAAAAGUUGAAUCACUCACGGAUAAUAGUGAACGAAUAACACAGCAGAAUUCUGAUUUGGAACUUGUUUGUAAGCAAGCGCUUGAGGAGAAUAAAAAAUUGCAGACAUCAUUGAAAAAUCAAAAAUUAUCCUAUGAAAAGCAACAACAGGAUUUACAAGCGCAACAUACAAAAUUAAUUGAUAUGGAGAAGAAUUAUGAGACGGCGGCAAAUGAAAAAAAACGUAUACAAUCACUUUUAGAGAGUGUACAAAGGCGUGCCGAUGAUGUUGAACGCUCAUUGGAAAGUGCAAAUCAAAAAUUAGAAGAACUUCGUAGUAUUGAGAGUGAAUCGAAUAAAAUUCAAACGAAAUGUCUCGAAUUAGAGGGUAAACUUUCUGGUUUAGAGAAGGAGAGAGACACUGCACAACGUGAUGUUCAUAAAUGUCGAGAGGCACUUGAGGAAAAAGAUGUCGCCUUAGAUCAAGCUUCAAAUAUGAUUGAACUUUUAGAGGGAAGAGUAGCGCAACUUGAGCAGGAAGUUGAUAAUUCAGCUACUCAAAUUUUACGAUUACAAGAAGUUGAACGAUCCAGCAAGGAAUUGGACUCAAGAGCAGCAAUUGAUCGUGAAACUUUAGAAACAUUACAAUCGAAUUUAGUCAAUGAAAAAUUAAAUACACAACAAUUGUAUACAAUUUUGGAGAAAUUGGGACUCGAAGGCGAUGCAUUGUUAUCUCUUUCGUUAGAUUGCAUUGUCGAAAGAAUCGCAGAAAUACCGGAAGUUAUCAUUCGAAUUAGAAAAGCAAUUUCAGAAGAGAUUUCCGAGAAGGAAAAAAUGAAAAUUGAAGGGGUUACAAUUGUAAAAGAAGACGAAGUAAAAAGCUCAACUUUGCAAGAGGAAAUCAGAAUUUUGAAAAAGGAGCAAGAAAAUUUACAAACUAAAUUAAUAACGAAUCAAGCGACAUCAGAAAAUCUUUUAGCCGAGAAUGCAAAAUUGCAGGUUUACGUAACGACCUUAGAAUCUCAAAGUACAUCGUUGACAACUCAACACACUGCAUUGCAAUUGGCAAAUUCCCAAUUGGUCGCUGAGAAAGAAGAGCUUUUGAAGGAGAGAGCAGUUCAUCAGAGAACGCACUCUCGAUUAGUUCAUGAUCAAGUCACAUUGCAAUCGCUUCACGAACAAUUAAGCAACGAAUAUGAAAAUCUUCUUCAGGAACGCGAAACAUUAAAGGGAAAUUUGAGGGACGUUAAAAAUGAAUCAAGAAUUUUACGCGAAACAUGUGAGAGACUCGAGGGAAAGACCAAAGCAUUACAAACCGAGCGUGAUACACUAGUGACAAAUGCAAAGAGUUUAAACAAUUUGAGGGUUGAGCAUUCAAAAUUAAAGGAGGACUUUAGAAUUUUAUACACUAAUGUCGAGCAAUUAAAAAUGGAAUACAAAAGUCGACACGAAGAUUAUUUGAAGAAUAAAACUGAGGCGCAUACGUUGAAUAAGAAAUUAUUGGAAAUACAGUCUGAAGUGAGUACAAAAGAUGAAAGAUGUUCGAAUUUGGAAUUGCAGAACAAUAAAUUAAAUCAACGAUGUGAGGCAUUAUUACAAAUAAAUUCUGGUAUCGACAACGAUAGACGAACAUUAAUGGAACAUGCGAGCGCUCUCUUAAAUCAAUAUCAAGAUCUUUUUAUGCACACAUUGGAGGAUAAAGAGCAUUUUUACGCUGAGGAGAAAAGUUUUGCAGACAAACUGAAUCACAUGAACAGACAGAAAGUGAAACUUGAGGAAAAAAUAAUGGAACACUAUCGAAAUAUGGGCAGUUGUUCAACAAAAAAAAAAGGUUUCGGCGCCAGUUUAGUACGAAAAGUGAGAAAAGCAAGUUCUGAUUUACUCAACAAGAAUCGUCGAUCAUGGGCAGAGGAUGUUAAACAACCAGAAGGAAAACCCUGCGAAUCUGAAUCUGGAGGUAACGAUUCCGACGUUAGUGUUGACGAUCAGGGAUUAUCAGGGACAAGAGAAUCGGAUCUCAAUAAUGAUCCCUUGUCAUUAGGACAUGCAGGAACUCGAAGAACUGUUUAUUACACCGACGACACACCACCAACCGCUCCUUUAAUGGGGGAGAAAAGACUCGACGAUUCACGUGACGAAAUACGAAUUAAUGACUCGGAACAAAAUUCCCGAGUUGAAACGCCAAAUGAGACGCGACCAUUUUUGAUUUACAAUCGUGUCUCAGCGGUGAUUAAUGAUUCCAGUAAUAUGAAUAAUUCGGGACAGAAUUCAACGCAAGAGGAAAGUUUGGUUGAUUCGCCGCCGAGGAAGGAUAAAACGAGUCCAGUUUGGUACGAGUACGGAUGCGUAUAGUGUUCUUCAAUUUUUUCUUUCCUCAUUGCCUCCAUUUUAAAUUUAAGAAAAAGGCUUCCAGAAUUUAAAUACCUUUCAUCAGAUUUUUACCGUUGUCAGUCAUUUAAUUUUAGUUUCGUCGUCAAUCGCUAUUUAUACAAUUAAUUAAUUACUGUACAUUCCAGUAUUUAGGAUUUUUUUAUUUUUUAACAAUAUUUUUAAUUUUUGACUCUGCACGAUUUUAGAUUUUCAAAAGGAAAUUUUUUCCUUAACUCUAUUGCUUUUUUUUCUACUCCGCGUAGGAUUUAAAUUUCAAUGUAGAAUUUAUUUUCUAUAUUAUCGUCUCAAAAUGUUGUCUAUUUAUGUUUUUGUUUACUUUAAUCCAACGCGUUAGUUUGUAUUUUUAAUUUGUUCUAUUUUCAUUUAUUUUUUAUGCGCAAUGUUACCAGAGAUUUGCGGAGUUUUUUUUAUGCACAUUUAACUUAAUUAAACCAUGAUGUACAAAAGUAUUUCCUUGUUACGCUUUGCAAUUUGCACGAUUGUGAUUUUUUUUUUAAUUAUAGAAACGUUUUCGAGAAUUA